GUCUGGAGGAACAGGAAGAGGUUCGCUGUCCCCUUAGUGUCGGUCUGAAGGAGGAAGGGACGCGGACGACGCAGAAAACACCACAUUGCUACAAAACGCCUCCCUGUGAGCUAAAGGGACACACGACAGUGUUGCAUAACUAAAAGUUGUCCUAAGGUUUUAUGUUACCGAGAGCUAUCUUGUGUGAAACAGGGCAGUGAGAUGAAGAAGCAGAGGGAGAGCCAGUGCACUCAGAAGACCAUCUCAUUGCUGAGCCCCCUGGGGACGAUCCAAGUCAGUGGAUGUGAGAAUGGUGUGCACACCAUCCAGAUCCUAAUGGAUGUCGCACCUGCUGAAAGGACCGGCGAGGCCCCCCUAAGCUGUGUGGUCAACGAUAGCCUGGCAGAAACGAGCCCCGAGUUGCAGCGCUGCGUUGAAUGGCUCCAGGCGUACUUCAGUGAGCCACAGACCAUUGGGAGUCUCCCGCUCCCUGCCUUUCACCACCCCGCCCUGCAAGAAGACGCUUUCAGCAGCCGCGUGUUGCAGGUACUUCUGAGGGAUGUGAAGUUCGGAGAGACCGUCUCGUACAAACGCCUCGCUGAGAUGGCGGGAAACCCCAGAGCGGUGCGGGCGGUGGGAGGGGCCAUGAGGAGGAAUCCGGUUCCUCUGCUCAUCCCCUGUCACCGAGUCAUUUCUAGCAGUGGACAGAGUGGGCCGUACAUGAGCGGCAAGGGCAACCAUCUCAAACAAUGGCUGCUCACCCAUGAGAGGCAGUGAGGGGAAGUCUAAAGCAUGACAGAGGCCAACUGUCCUUCAUUCAGUACACACACACACACACACACACACACACACACACACACACACACACACACACACACACGGCCAGGAUUUCUUUUUUUUCCUUAACAACACAAAACAGGGCCAUAAAGUUUAGCGUGCCUGGCGAACACUGUGGAACAACUGGAGCUACUCGUAAAUAUUCAGUUUAUACUUUUUAUUUUUUUUUUAA